AUGUACCAGUGCGAGGCGACGCGCGGCCGCAAUAUUGCGCUCGCAGCCGCCGAGCUGCGCCUCGCAGACUCCGCGCCCGAGCUGCAGUACACGUUCAUCGAGCAGGCGCUGAGGCCGGGCGCCACCGCCGCGCUGCGCUGCACGGCCGCCGCCUCGCCCGCGCCGCGCAUCGCUUGGUUGCUCGACGGUCAGCCGCUCGACCGCUUUCUGCCUCACCACCGGUACCGCGUGACGGAGCAGGCGGCGGGCGCGCCGGGCGCAGUCACCUCGCUGCUGAACGUGUCGGUGUCGGCGGCAGACGGCGGACGCUACACGUGCCGCGCGCACAACGCGCUGGGCUCCGCCGAGCACUCCGCCAGGCUCGACGUCUACGUUACUUGCCUCACCUGUCACCUGUCACCUGUCAGUAAACACCGUCAGGUCCGUCGAUCCUCUCGUGGCACACGCGCCGCGCGGCUCUCAUGCCGCACCGGCGUGUGUGACGAGCGCUGGGCUUGCGCAGGUCCGCCGGCGGUGCGCGCGCUGGGCGCAGUGCGCGCGGUGGCGGGUGACAACGUCACGCUCUUCUGCCCCUACUCCGGAUAUCCGAUCAGCUCGGUGUGGUGGCGGCGGGCGGGGGGCGGCGCGCCGGGCGCAGGGGGCGCAGGGGGCGCGGGGGGCGCAGGGGGUGCGGCGCUGCACCUGCGGCCGGCGCGUGCGCGCGACGCCGGUCGCUACACAUGCGGCGUGGCCGCACCGGGGGGCGCCACAGCAGUCGGAGACAUAGACUUGCAAGUCCGUAAUCCUCCGAAAAUAUCACCGUUCAUGUUCUCGUCGGAGCUGACAGAAGGCAGCGCAGCGCAGGCGCUGUGCGGCGUGUCGGCCGGUGACAAGCCGCUGCAUUUCUCUUGGCUCAAGGACGGUCGCCCGCUGCCCGCCGACCUGCAGAUCGAGGAGAAGAGCCUGAACGACUUCUCACUGCUUGUGUUCCCCGCGCUGACGGCGCGCCACAGUGGCUCCUACACGUGCCGCGUCGCCAAUCACGCGGCCCUCGCCAACUACACCGCCACGCUCAGCGUCAAAGUGGCUCCGGCGUGGGUGACGGAGCCGGCGGACGCAGCCGUGUUGCUGGGAGCGCCUCUGCGGCUGGACUGCGCCGCGCGCGGAAACCCCGCGCCCGCCCUCGCCUGGCAUCGUAGACUAAAUGGCGGUGCCGAGGAGGCGGAACGUUGGGAAGCCAUCGGCGCAGCGUGGGGGCCGAGAGCGGGCAGUUCCACGGUGUUCCUGUCGGCCGCGGCAGGGGAUGCGUCAGGAGCGAUGGGCGCGACGGGCACGGACUUGGGCAGCGCCCACCUGGCGGCGCCGAACGCAACGCGCGGGUUGCAGGGCGCCUACCGCUGUACGGCUGACAACGGCGUUGGGGCGCCGUUGAUCAAAGAAGUCAACAUCGCCGUGCACGAGCCGGCGCACUUCGGGGUAGACGCAGCGCCGCGCAACGUAAGCGGCGUGCGCGGGUCGCCCGUAACGCUGGAGUGCGACGCGCGCGGGGACGCGCCGCUCUCCGUGCUGUGGACGCACCGCGGCGUCAGCCUCCAAGUCGACUCCUUCAGGUGGAAGGUGUCGGAGACGCGCGCAGCGGGCGGCGUGCGGUCGACGCUCCAGUUGCGCGCCGCGGGGCGUGAGGACGCCGGCGAGUACGGUUGCCGCGCGCACAAUCACUUCGGCAGCAGCGAGCGGAUCAUCUUCCUUCAUGUUGAAGAACCUCCCGAAGCACCGAGUUCUAUACAAUUAGCUGGAGCUAGCUCGAGGUGGAUCCGUGUGCGGUGGCGCGCUCGGGUUGCGUCGGGCGCGGAGGGUACAGGUGCUGCGGGGCGUGUACGCUACUGGGCGGAGUGCACGCCGCUGCGAGGGGACUCCGCGCCUUCGCUCAACUUGACCCUCGAAGCGGAGGAGGAAAGCGGACCUGACUCUCAAGGAUACCGCUCGUUGAGCGCACUGGUAGCUGGAGUACGCCCCGCGGCCGCGUACGCGGUGCGCUUGCUGGCCGCCAACCGCGUGGGCCAGUCGCCGCGCUCUGAACCGCUGCUCGUCACCAUCCUGGACGAAGCACCGAGCGGGCCGCCGCAGAACGUGCGCGUGCGUGCGGUCGGCACGCGGGAGCUGCACGUCUCCUGGUCGGCUCCGGUGCAGCACUCGUGGAAUGGCGAGCUAGUCGGGUACGCUGUGCGGUGGCGCGGAGCGGAGACUCCGGGGACGGGGGACGGCGCGGAGGGCGCUGCGGGCGCAGGGGAGGCGCAGGGGGCGGGUCUGAGCGCGGGGCGGAGCGUGGUGCGCGGUUGGGGCGGCGCCGAGUUGCGCGUGCGCGGCCUGCACGAGUUUGCGCGUUACGAAGUCACGGUGCGCGCGUUUAACGCUGCCGGCUUGGGCCCGCCCUCGCAAGUCGUGUACGCUACUACUGCGGAUGGAGUACCCGAAACGGCACCGGGCGACUUAUGGUGCACCGCGGAGAGUGCGCGGGCGCUGCGCGUGCGCUGGAUGCCGCCGCCUGGGAUCUCGCCCACGCCCAGCGGCUACGACGUGCUCUACGCGCCAGUUCACAGUACGCCCUCGUGGAGCGGCGCGGGCGCGGAGCUCACACUGGGCGGCGUGAGCGGCGGCGCGCGCGAGGCGCUGCUGGCGGGCCUGCGCGCGCGCACCAACUACAGCGUGCGCGUGCGAGCGCGCUCCGCCUCCGGCCCCGGACCACCCUCCACGCCGCGCCUCUGCGCCACGCUGGAAGACGGUACGAAGCGCUGUGACCACAACUGGAUUUUAACAUUUUGCUAUGAUAUUUUAAUAAUGAGAUCAAUAAGUCCGUGUACAAACCCACAUCGAAGCGAGGAUUGA